ACAAGGUCAAGGUAGGUCAUACUGAUCGCAAAUUAUCGAGUUCCUUCGGUUGUAGUACUCCGUUUAUGUGUACCUGAUUUAUGUUAUCUUUUAAGUAACAGCAGUGGUUCGCCUGGCUCACGUCAACCUUCGAAAAUAUCCACUGAAGGAGAAAAAUUAGACCCGGUUAUUGAAUGGAAUAUUUUUGAAUGUCAAUCAGCAACAAGGACGUGAUUGCAUUAUCAAACUUUCUUCAUCCCGAUCGGAUUUCUCGUCAAACACUACAAGGUAUUAGUAGUGCAGCGCAACAGCAAUUCGCUAAAUCAGACCGAUAUAAACUAUGCCGUGUUUUAAUGUUUCUCCUUCAAAAUGACUUCCUUCAUGAUGGAAUAAUUCAUUUUGCAGCUGUUUAUUUAUUGUGGGACUUGUGGAAAUCAGAUAACUCUUCCAUCAAUAGCAAUCCAUUCACAGAGUUUUUAAUUUCAUUUAUGCAGGAUGAAGUGCAUUGCAAGUUGCCGCGAUCUGCGAUUUCAAUGUUUCAUACAAUCCUUCGUCAACCCGAUCAAAUCCAUGAUUUUCUAAAGUAUACUCCAGCACAGAUAUUUGAUUUACCGUAUCCUUCGACUGACAUUAGACUUGAUUGGGAUCUGGUCCCAGUAGCCAAUUCACUGAAAUCAUCUGGCCGUGUUUCGAAGUUCGCUGACUCUGGAAUGGUUUGUAUUGUUCCUGAUGAAGAUAUUCCACGUUCUUUUGAGCCAUCAUUUCACUUGCAUAACACAGAUGAUUCAUGUGGUACAUCUGAAUUACAACGUCAAUGUUUAGAUUCUCUUUUGUUACGUAGUGAGCUGUUAAUAGGUCGCAAUAAUGUCUUCCCAGAGUUUCUUCGUAUUUCCCCACCUUUGUUACCAUGCCCCCAAGGAAUUGAUCAGAUUUUAUACAGUUUAGAUGAAGAAAAUGAAUCCAUCAGUCGUACAGUUUCAAACUUUAGUCCUUCAGAGAAAAGAUCUAUCAAGAAGUCUAAACCCACUUAUGGCUGGUCAGAAGAACUUAUUUGGCUUAAUCCAGACAUUGUUGAGCACGAUUUCCAUUGGAAUAACAGUAUGGAACUUGUUGAUAUAACAGUUGAGCUUCGUCAUUUGGUUUCCGCAGCCAUGACAUCCACUUUAACCCAGUCGCAGCAACAAACUGUUGUUCAAGCAAUUAAGGAUAAUCCAGAUGUUAUUUAUAAUGUUGGUAUCACUCCAGAGAUUGUACCGAAUUUCGUUAACCGUAACCCAGUUAUCGCUAUUGAAGUUUUACAAUUAUUGAUUACAUCACCGAAACGAGAUGAGUACUUAAAUGCUCUGCUAAAAAUGGAAGUUACUGUACAAUCAAUUGAAGUGGUAAAUCGACUAUCUACAAAAAUUGCAUUACCUACAGAGUUUAUACAAGAUUAUAUAUCGAAUUGUUUAGCAUUUUGUUAUUCAGUAAAUGACAAAUUUUAUCAAAUGAGACAUGUUCGUUUAGUAUGUGUACUACUACAAUCACUUAUCAGGAAUAACAUAUUGGAUAUUCAUAAUCAGGAUAUCUUAAUCGAAGUGAGGACUUUUUGUUUAGAAUUUACUAAGGCUCGGGAAGCGACCACUCUUCAUAGACUUAUUUUGAAUAUGGAGAACACUAACACAGCUUCAUCGGCUACAACGUUCAGCAACAACAUUGGCACUUCUACGACUACGACUAGUCCUACUUGUUCAUCAACUGGUAUACCACAACAAGACAUUUCUAAUGAAAAUAAAGAAACCUCCUAAUAACUGGGUUACUAUUUUACAUUACAGAUGAAUUGUAUAGAUCAUAAAUAAAGACACAAAGGUCUGAUUUUUAUUCGGUGAUAUACAGUACUGACAAAGCGAAUACUUAUUUGUUUAUAAUCCUCACAAACAGUUACUUGUUGACAUUGGUAUAACUCCCCAUGAAAGUACGAAGAAGGAAAUUAAAAUUGUUCAAAAGUUUAUUGAUUCAUCGCUACUACUGAAGCAGAAAAAUAAGUUUACAAGUUGUAUAUAUAUAGUGAAGUCAAAAAUAAAACAGCAAAGAACCUUUUGUCGCAAACGUCUUCGCACUUUGUUAGAUUGCGAACCGCAUUAGUGAUGAGCGUCUGAGAAAUUGCCGUCCUGUCCAGUUAUUGCUAAUUCCAAAGUAAAGGUGGUUGGCUUUUCUCUCGACUUGCAUCGCGAAUUGUUCACCAUAUUUCUGAAUGUGUUUUCUGUACAUUCUUUAGCGUCGUCGAGUCCGUAUAUACUCUUCACUCCGUCUGAGUGAUGACUGUUGUGUUAUUUUGUAAGUUGUGCGUAUUACUUAACUUCCAUCUACUGCAAUGCUCAAGAAAUUCAUGGGCAAUACAGUUUAUGUUUCUUAAUUGCUUAUGCUUAACUUGUAAGAGUUCGUCUUUUCACAUAUGCCAGUAGCAUAUGGCGGCAAGGAUAUCGGCACGUAACAAAUAUUCUACAAUCGCACUCACAAGUACUUAUAUCCACUUCAUAAUGCUUUCCGCAGUCAACCAUGAACAACCAGUCGCCAUUUUCAUAUUCUGACGACAAUCUCCUGGUCCAUGGGUCACAAACCAUUCGUGAACUACUACAAGGAUGAUUGUGAGUCAUGUUGUAUGAUUUUAUGACAUAUUCUCGAUCUUCCAAUCUUAUACGGAACCUGGAUUGGUAGUUUACGAAAUCAGACCUUAAAUGUCACAUUAAAAUUCUCACGGUUUUUGAUUCACUGACAGACCUUCGGGUUUACGUUUACGACCAUACGUGCAAUGAAACACCGCAAACAAGUAUUUAGAUCUCAUAUCCUUCAGCAGUUUACUUUCUGCGUGAAUGUAAUGAUUAUGGGUAGUCUGAGAAGGAACUACCCAGGUUCAAAUACCUGUUUGUAACGUUUCACAGCACAUUCGGUCAUAGGCGUAAAUCAGUUCUGACAAUGGAUCAAAAACCGUGAGAAUUUUAAUAUGUGACAUUUAAGGUCUGAUUUCGUAAACUACCAAUCCAGGUUCCGUAUAAGAUUGGAAGAUCGAGAAUAUGUCAUAAAAUCAUACAACAUGACUCACAAUCAUCCUUGUAGUAGUUCCUGGAUUGUAUUAGUUGCAAUAGAUUCACACAACCUGUCAACUCCCGAGCAGCAUGGGUUUCGUAACAAGCAUUCACGCUUAGCUAACUUAUUGCGAGAGAGGAUUGGACAGCAGCCCCAGAUAACGGUCUGUCUAUCGAUAUGAUAUUCGUAGAUUAUAACGGAAAGAGAACGGCGAAAAUCCCUCUACAGCUCCUUUGCUGAACAGUAUUGUCACUUAUUUGUUGCUUCUCCCUGUUGUGUAUUUUAACCUUUGUUCAGAUCUCGUUUAACCACAUUUUUUGUUCUUCAGUCUUCCUUGUUUGAGCCUUUAUUGUGUGAUUUUGAUUAAAGACUUAUCUUUUGUUACCCCAAGGUCAUGGCGUGGUUCAGUUUGUGACUGUUAACGUUUUGAUUGUCUGCUUGGGAGGAUUGCUGGAAUCCCUGCGGAUAGAUAUUCGAUCCCAUCUUGUUGGGAAUAUUUUUAUUGAUUCUC